AUGCCAUAUCGAACGAUACGGCGGCACUAGGAAGCAUGUGUCCUUAGAGUAACGUGGUGUGCAUCAGCAGAGUAGUGCCGCACUUGAUUUAUUUUUUGAAAAAAUUGUGUUAAAUUUUGUAAACUGAUCGGAAACGAUGGCGCAGUAUUCUUUGCCUUUGAUUUUCCUCAAUCUUGGAGGAGAGAUGCUGUAUGUUUUGGAUCAACGACUGAAGGCCCAGAAAAUACAGACGGAUAAAGCUAGAAAAGUUCUGAACGACAUAGCCGGCAUAAUGCUGAACCAGCGCUUUCUGGACGAGCUGUUCAAGCCGCAGGAGAUCUACAACCGCAAGGCGCUGUGCACACUGUUCCACGACCUGGCGCAUGCGUCCAUCAUGCGCCUGAACGAGGCCAGCAUGAGCAAGCUCUACGACCUGAUGACAAUGGCCUUCAAGCAGCAGAUGGUGUUCGCCACGGAGCCGCGCGACAUCAUACUGGUCACGCUCAACCACCUCGACAACAUUCGCUACCUCAUCACCGCGCCCAGCAUACACAAACAGCUCGACUCUGCCUAUUUCCUCGUUAUCAAGACCUAUGGUCAAAUGAGUUUUGGUGAAUUGCAAAGAGUGCGCUACAACAUUCUCAAUUUCCUACAAGACACGAGAGUGCGGGUGUCUAUUUUUCUCAGGCAAAACAUCCAGAACAACGAUGGAACGUUCAGAAUUCCGCCUUCCUGUACAAUACCAUACGGCAAUGAGGUGCCUGGUAGUAUUCGCGUGUUUGGGAGCGAUGGAUGUAUACUUGAUCUGCUCAGCUUCAAUCCCAAUGCAAAUUACACAGUUGCCAAUGAAAAGGGAUCAACUGAAUUGAGAGGCACGCGUCACACAACUCUAGGAAAUAAUAUGUACAGCAACAGCACAGCGCCUAGGGGCGACCAGCAGUGGGACCAGCCGGGCCUGGACAGUGUGUCGCGUUGGGACGCCAGGGGGGCCGCCGAUGUGGGCUCCGCCUACCGCGACGAACUCAACCUGCUGCUGACUCAGCUUUUAGGUCCCGCGCAUGCGCACCACACCGACAACUAUCCCCUAGCAGACGUGUUUCGGCUCAACCUGUUCGAGGGCUAUGAUGAGGAUGUCAGACAAAACGUAACAACAAAAGAGAAAUGCAUUGCGAAUUCAGAGGAUGAUAACAGGCACAAUCAAGCACUGCACAAAAUCAAUUCGGAAAUGGCUGUUGGAGAUACAGAAAAAUCCCCAUCUGCGCCUUCACUUACAGUUUUGGAUCUCCUCGAUCUAGUUCAAUAGUAUUUAGAAGUCUAGAGAUUUCCAUACAUGACAAGGCAAAACACCAUACAUAUCGAGUUACACUAACAUUAUAUAUAUUCAUCUUCAAAGAAAUUCUUGUAGUAACAUUGUGAAAUUUGACUGUGAUUUCCAAGUUUUAAUGCUGAAUAGUCCUCUAUAUUUCGAAAGUUUUACCUAGUAGAUAGAUGUAGCCAUUGGCCAUUGACAAAAGCUCAACCAUAUCUAUAUAGUUAGUUCAGAAACGAUACCGAUUAGUCAAACAUCAAUUUUGUUUCAAUGACUGGAAUAUAUAAACUUUGAACUUGUAUUAAAAUAAAAACAAUGGUACGUUUUCAACAAUAAAAGAUUUUAAAGAAUAAAGCUGCGUUUACACCAAAGUUAUUAACAAAAUGUUAAGCCG